CCCCGUUCUCGUUCCACCCCCCUAAAGAAGGACUCUGUAUAAUUUCCCUUCUCAACCCUCCUCGCCUCUCUCCCCUUCUCCCUCUUCUGCCCCUGCCUUUCCCCAAUCUCUCCCCCUUGGGUUUUCCAUAUUUCUCCUCCCCCUCCCUCCUCUAACUUACCCGCCAAUUUCCCUCCCGUCUCUCCUCCGUUCAAAUCCCCCGGGGGCUCCGCCCCCCCUCUUACCCGAUUCGAUCCCUCCCGAAAACCCUAGCUCCGAUCCGGUCCGUGCCCCGUCGCCGUCGUCAAGAUCGCUGCUUUGUCGGAUUCUCGAGGGACCCAUCUCCGGCUCUUGCUCUAUGGGGGUUGGUCCUGUUGAUUCGAGCUCGGUUGAAGCUGGGUUGGCUCUUGAAUUCUCAGGUCAUUUACAGGAAAGUCGCAAAGGCUCUUUCUAAUAUUAAAUCUGCUGGCUGGCUGGAGAAGUUAUUCAUAUACUGAGAUUCGUUCUUCAAUGGCUAACCAUGAGUUAAUAUUGGGGCAAAGUCAGAAUGUAGCUCUGGCACAAAAUCAGCACUUCGUGCCAGGACAUAAUCAUAACAUAGGACUCAGCCAAAACCAUGAUCUGGAACUUGGACAGAGCCACGAGCAUCAUUUGGGUUUGGGACAGACCCAUGAGCAUGAGCUCGGUUUAGGACAUGCCCAUGAACAUGAAUUGGGCUUAGGGCCAAACCAUGAUGCUGAGGGAAGCAGUGGCCACGGCUAUGUGCAUGACAAUGAGCUGGCUAUGGACAGAAAACCUGAUCAUGAAGGCCAUGAGUUGGCUUUGCCUGCACAGGACCAUGAGCUUGCAUUAUCAGAAAGCAAUGAGUUAGGAGUUUCAGAAAAUCAUGAACUUGAUGAGAAUCUGGAGCUAGCGGUAGUCCAUAACCAGGAAAUGGCAAUUGAACCUGCAGAGGAUUUGGACGAUGAGCAUGCGCUUGUUGCCACUCCUAUCCUUCAAGCCCGUACUAUUGUUUCUGGCUCAAGCUUUGAGCUGUCAGUAGGGCAGGAGUUCCCUGAUGUCAAGAGCUGCCGAAGGGCACUGAGAGAUACGGCCAUUGCACUUCAUUUUGAAAUUCAGACCAUAAAAUCUGACAAGACUCGUUUUACUGCCAAAUGUGCAAGUGAAGGAUGCCCAUGGCGCAUUCACGCAGCAAAACUACCGGGUGUUCCAACUUUUACUAUUAGGACCAUCAAUGAUAAUCAUGCAUGUGGAGGAAUUUCUCAUCUCGGCCAUCAACAAGCAUCGGUUCAAUGGGUUGCGAACUCCGUGGAACAACGCCUGAGGGAGAAUCCUAACUGCAAGCCAAAAGAAAUACUUGAAGAGAUACAUCGUGUUCAUGGCAUCACCUUGUCAUACAAACAAGCUUGGCGAGGAAAAGAGCGUAUCAUGGCAGCUAUGCGAGGUUCCUUCGAAGAAGGGUAUCGCUUACUUCCCCAAUAUUGCGACCAGGUUAAACGGACAAACCCCGGGAGUAUAGCAUCUGUUUAUGGAAAUGCUGCAGAUAAUUGUUUCCAGCGACUAUUCAUAUCUUUCCAAGCUUCAAUUUAUGGUUUUCUAAAUGCCUGCAGACCAUUACUUGGUCUUGAUCGGACAUUUUUAAAGAGCAAGUAUCUUGGUACUUUGCUUCUUGCUACUGGUUUUGAUGGGGAUGGAGCACUGUUUCCCUUGGCAUUUGGUGUGGUCAAUGAGGAGAAUGAUGAUAACUGGAUGUGGUUCCUAUCUGAACUCCAUAAUUUGCUUGAGAUCAACACAGAAAAUAUGCCGAGGCUCACAAUCUUGUCCGACAGGCAGAAAGGUAUUGGAGAUGGAGUUGAAGCAAAUUUUCCCACUGCUUUUCAUGGGUUUUGCAUGCGCCACUUGAGUGAGAGCUUUCGUAAAGAGUUUAACAACACGAUGCUUGUCAACCUUCUGUGGGAAGCCGCACAUGCUCUCACUGUAAUUGAAUUUGAGGCUAAGAUCUUGGAGAUUGAAGAGAUCUCGCAGGAGGCAGCAUAUUGGAUUCGACGAAUUCCACCUCGCUUGUGGGCAACUGCCUAUUUUGAGGGAACAAGGUUUGGACAUUUGACAGCUAACAUUGUUGAAUCUCUCAACUCUUGGAUUUUAGAAGCCUCCGGCCUCCCGAUAAUUCAGAUGAUGGAAUGCAUUAGAAGGCAGCUCAUGACGUGGUUCAAUGAACGCCGAGAGACCAGCAUGCAGUGGACCUCAAUACUCGUGCCUUCAGCUGAAAGGCGGGUUGCAGAGGCUCUAGACCGUGCACGAACCUUUCAGGUGCUCCGUGCUAAUGAAGCCGAAUUUGAAGUUAUAUCCCAUGAAGGAACGAACAUAGUGGACAUUCGCAAUCGUUGUUGCCUCUGUCGAGGUUGGCAAUUGUACGGUCUGCCUUGUGCUCAUGCUGUAGCCGCGCUGCUUUCAUGUAGGCAGAAUGUGCACCGGUUUACGGAGAGUUGUUUCACAGUUGCCACUUACCGGAAGACCUACUCGCAGACCAUACAUCCAAUUCCUGAUAAGUCGCUUUGGAAGGAAUUAACUGACGGAGACCCUAAUGCCAACAGAUCUGCCGAGAUUAUCAUCAACCCUCCCAAGUCGCUGCGUCCACCUGGAAGGCCAAGGAAGAAACGUGUCCGAGCAGAAGAUCGAGGCCGUGUGAAACGAGUUGUGCACUGUAGUCGCUGCAACCAGACAGGCCAUUUUAGGACAACGUGUGCUGCACCUAUCUAAGUACUUAGCACUGUCUUUAGGUCGUGCUGCAAAGGUGAUUGGAUACAUUUCUGUGCAAAAUAAUUCUUCUUCUUCCUUUUCUUCUUAAUUAUUUUUGUAAUUCGAUUAGUUAGGCUUUGCAGUACAUGCUGUAUUUCUUUUCUAGUGAUGUUUGACUAGGGCUCCUUUGGGCUAUGUCUAGUGUUUCUGCUGAAGCAAUGGUCUCUGUGACUAAAUAGCUGCUUUUAGAUUUGCCAAUCUACAGUCUUUAAUCUUUCCUCA